AUGGACCUGCUUGGCUCUCCCUUAACCGCCACAUCCGCUCACCCCAAGUCAACUCCUGCCCGCUUUCUGCCUGCCAUCAGCCCCAUGGCUUCGAGCUACAAGAACCGUGCUCCUCGCUACGCCGUGCUGCAGAGUUACGGCCUCCCCUGGAUGCCCAGAGCCUACUAUAAGGCCGCUGCCACCCACCCCACUCUGGCUCCCUUGUGUGGCACCUGCCAGGGCUUGAGCCCCAGCGAGAUGCUGCCUUCUGUGUCAAACAGAACGGCGCUUUUCACCCGCUACAGCCCCGACGACUGGUACCGCUCCAACCAGAGCAACUACCACGAGGCGGAGACGUCCCGGCGCAAGGCGGAGCUGCUGACGGCUGAUACCUCCCGCCUGGUGCAGGACAAAUACCAACAGACCAGCAAGAGCCAGGCAGACAACACAAAGAAGCUGGGGCAGCAAGUCAACGACAUUGAGUUUUGGAAGGCGGAGCUCUGCCAUGAGCUGGCAGAGAUCAUCAAGGAGAGCGAUGCCCUGAGAGAGAUGAAGGCACGACUGGAGAGAGCUCUGGCCGAGACAGAGGCCCCUCUCCAGGUUGCUUGGGAGUGCCUCCUGCAGCGGGAGAAGAGGAUGGGCAUCGACCUUGUCCAUGAUGAGGUGGAGAAAGAGCUUUUAACAGAAGUGGAUGGCAUCAGGGCCUGCCAGGAGAGGAUACGGCUAUUCCUGGAGAAGCACGAGCUGGAGAAGGACCUGGCCAACAAGCAGGCAGCCCGCCGCAUCAACGACAAGUGCCACCAGCUGAGGAACUGCUCCGACGGCAUCAGCUACUACCACGGGGUGCAGCGGCACGGGCUGACCGCGGGCCUCUCCUUUCCCCCCACCAGCAUCUCCGUGCCCAAGUCGUGGGCCAAGUUCAGCGACGACAACAUCCUCCAGUCGCAGAGAGAGCGGGUGGCCUCCACCCAGCUGCGGGACUCCAUUGAGAACCUCAUGGAGGUGACAGCCACCGAGAUGCGGUGCCAGUUCAACAGGGUGAACGUGGCCCUCACCAACCGCAUCGCCGAGAUGCCAAGAAUAAGCUUCGGGCCCACCUGGCCAAGGUAG